UUGGCAUUCAGAUUAAAUCGAAAGUCAAACCAUGAAACCUCUUCAAAUCGCCUCGGCUGUGAUGCUGCUGCUUUGUUUACUGUCUGUGGUUAACGCCACCCCGGGAAAGGUGUAUAUUAAUGGAGAGUGCAUCGACUGCAACAAGCCCGAUAAUGAUAAAAACAUAAUUAUGGGUCCUGGAGAAAAAUCGGGUUCCAUGUCAUAUACUUUAACUUCUGGAGCCAUGGCCUUUGGAAUUUUAUAUCAAUUGCUUAGUUUAAUUCAUAUUUAAUAUAAAAAUAAAGAAAGAAAAUGAUACAAAAUA